AUGGAGGAUACCCUGGUGAAGUUUGAGACGUAUGAAGACUACCUGGACUCGCACAUUACUGACACUGACAGAUUUUAUCUUGAGGAAGAGCAGCUCGCACGGCAACUCGUCGAAAUAGGCUGUCUUCGCGGCGCAGUGUUGUCAAGGGAAGCGUUCUAUGCGGGAAAGGAGCAGCUAGAGGCUUCUCGCCGCUCCACACACCAUAGCCCCCAGAAGCUUCUUUGUAGCAGCGGUAAAGAACUAAGCGGAAGUAUCGUCUUGCGGCAUCUGGCAGCGAGGGAAGACUUGGUAAAGAGCGGAAAAUUAUCCACGAUUAUCUUCAUCCGAGACGUCAACCGUCGUGGUCAAGAAGUGAGUGGCUACAUCGACUACAGCGACCGGUUGAAAAAGGAGAAUUUCGAGCAAUACUUUGAUCGGAAGAAAAGAUUGUUGCCCAGGCCGUCGGACCUGUCCUACUGCAUUUGGGAUACUCAUUUCUGCUGCGUGAACGACAGCGCGAACUUUCAAGUGAUUCCCGACCAGCAUCUGGGCCUCCUCUUCAAGCAUAAACGCGAUCGGAAGGUGAUUAAUGUUGACCCUCACGCAGACCCUGGAGAUAACUCAAAGCGUCACGAAAUUGAGACCGACGAAUACAUUCAGUUUGUGAUUUACGACCACAUGAGCCGGAGAAGAGGCUAG